CUGCAGCAGCGUGCUUUCUCUCUGAAUCACAUGUCUGCACCGUCCCGUUAUCCGGGUUGGAUAUAAAUACGGGCUGCAGCGCUGUUGCUGCUGCAGCUUCAGAGGCGGCAGUCCCAGCAACACAGUUCUCUCUCUUUCUCAUGAAAUCCUGCUCCCUCUGAGGGCCAGAGAGGAUGUUAAUGAUGAUGAUGAUGAUGAAGAAGAAGAAGGGGUCCAAAGAGACGCUGGCUUUGUUGGCCCUUUUUCUGGCCUCCGCCAACUGCAUCCUGCCUCCGUCCACCGAGGAACUGAACAAGAUUUCCCUCCAGGGUGAGAAGUAUCUGGAUAAACAGAUUGAAAACGCCAUCGAUGGCGUGAAGGAGAUGAAGACCGUGAUGCAGAAAUCCUCAGAGGACCACAAGAAGUUUUUGGAUGAUCUGGAGAAAACGAAGCUGCAGAAAGAGGAGGCGAUCCGUGUAGCUGAGGAAAUGGAAGCCAAGCUGGCGAAGGAGGAGGAGGUUUGCAACGACACCAUGAAGGCUCUGUGGGAUGAGUGCAAGCCCUGCCUGAAGAAGACCUGCAUCAAAUAUUACUCCAGAACCUGCAGCAGCGGAUCCGGACUGGUUGGACGUCAGCUGGAGGAUGUGCUGAACAGAACGUCUCCGUUCUCCAUCUGGAUCAACGGGGAGAGGAUCGACUCUCUGGAGCAGGAGGGCCAGCGGCAGAACAAGGAGUUCAGGAACCUGGAAGAAAGAUACUCAGAGAUGGCAGACGGAGUGGAUAGCAUCUUCUCAGACAGCAUGAAGGUUGCCGAUCACAUCAACCCUCCCGUUUUCUUCUUUCCCAAUUUCCUGGCUCCGGCCAUUCGCCGCGCCAGAAGCAUCCACCUGCUUUUCCACGAUCCGUUCCACAACUUCCGGAGCUUGUUCUCCCCCAUGAUGGGAAUGGGCAGGAACCUGUUCGGCCCGAUGGACUCUAUGAUGGACCUGGACUCCGACGCCGCCCCAAACGAAGACGGCAACGUAAACGAGGACGUGAUUAUCACGAGGCCCUUCGGCAACGGCAAGAUGACCUGCAGGGAGAUCCGACGCAACUCGGCCGGCUGCAUCAAGUUCCGCAACGAAUGCGAGAAAUGCAAAGAGAUCCAGCAUCUGGACUGCUCUGGGAACAGACCCCUGGAGGGCCCGCUGAAGGAGGAGCUGGAGGAGGCGCUGGCCAUGGCCGAACGUUUCACGCAGCAGUACAACUCCCUCCUGAAGAGGUUCGAGGAGCGCGUGUUCAACACCUCCUCCCUCCUCGACAUGCUUAACAGGCAGUUCGGCUGGGUGUCCUCCCUGGCAAACAACACCAAGGACGGCAUCUUCAGCGUGAAGGGGGUGAUCUCCAAAGGCGACACUGAGGAGAGGCAAGGCGGAAAGACGAAGGAUGCUGACACCAAAGUGACCGUGCAACUGUUUGACUCUCCGCCCAUGAACGUCACCGUGCGCGGCGACAUUCCCUGGACCGACCCGAAGUUCUCCGAGGAGGUGGCUCAGAAAGCGCUGGACCGCUACAAAGCAACCAGCGUUCUCGCUAAAUAAGUUUCAGCUGCAUUCCUACCUGCCUGGAUCUUCGACGAGAAAAACGCUCUGAAUCCAUGGAAACACACCUGGAAGCUAACGCUCCCAAAGCUAACGCUCCGAUCCCAAGCUUCCUCUUCCAGUCCUGCUUUUGCAAAAA